AUGGAUCAAAACCGACGAAAUGGCAGUGGAAAUGGCGCAAACAAUCUAAAAACGAACAAGAAAUGGGUUCGCCUCGCUACCGUGUUCGCCUAUGUCCUCUCAGUAUCGCUAGUAGCAGUGAUUUUGGCGAUAUACUACAGCUUUUUCUGGGAGUCGAGUGUCAAUCCAUCGACCAUGUCUCCAAAUAUGACAUCACCAGUUGCUAUUACCUCACCUAGUCCUACCACCACCACCACCAUUGCCACAACAAGUGCACAGGUACAGGUAACUGGUGCUAAUAUGACGUCGACGACGAACACAAUCACAUCACCGACACCACACCGACACCACAUCUACACCACACCGACACCACACCGACACCACACCGACACCACACCUACACCACACCACACCGACACCACACCACACCACACCGACACCACACCGACACCACAUCUACAUCAUACCGACACCACGCCGACACCACACCGACACCACGCCGACACCACGCCGACACCAAACCGACACCACACCUUCACUACACCUACACCACACCAACCCUACACCACACCGACACCACACCUACACUACAACGACACCUAA